AUGACGCACAACAGCACAGCCUUCAUCGGAGGGGUCCUCAUUCUAAAAACCCUGACCGGCGAAUCCAUUGAAGUCCUGGAAGAACCGAAAUCCAAUAGGACAACAGACAUCAUCGAUGUUAAGAUAGUUCAGGUUGCAUUCUGCAUCCUAUACUCUGUGAUCUUUAUACUAGGAGUCUUCGGAAAUGUUCUCGUCUGCUAUGUGGUCUUCAGGAACAAGGCGAUGCAAACAGUCACAAAUCUAUUCAUAACAAACCUCGCCUUAUCCGAUAUUCUACUGUGCAUUUUCGCCGUACCCUUGACGCCUAUGUACACAUUCCUCGGACGAUGGGUCUUCGGGAGGUUGUUAUGCCACUUAAUGCCAUACGCCCAGGGGACCAGCGUCUACAUAUCCACACUCACCCUGACCUCGAUAGCUAUAGAUAGAUUCUUCGUGAUUAUAUACCCGUUUCAUCCCCGCAUGAAGCUUAAUACUUGCGUAUUCAUUAUAAUAUUCAUAUGGCUGUUCUCCCUAGUGGUCACUUGCCCUUACGGCCUGUUUAUGGGGAUACAGAUUACAAACAACAAGACAUACUGCGAGGAGAGCUGGCCGUCUGAUAAAUCUCGAAAGAUAUUCGGAGUUUUCACAACUGUCUUGCAGUUCCUCAUACCGUUUCUAGUCAUAGCUAUUUGUUAUACGUGCGUUAGUAUAAGAUUGAACGACCGGGCGCGCUCGAAACCCGGUGCAAAAAAUACAAGGAGAGAAGAAGCGGAUAGAGAUAGAAAGAGACGCACGAACCGAAUGUUGAUCUCGAUGGUCGCCAUAUUCGGUAUAUCGUGGCUCCCGUUGAAUUUAAUUAACAUUUUCAACGAUUUUUAUGCUCAAAUGACUGAGUGGAAUUAUUAUUACGUCUCGUUUUUCCUCGCUCACUCGAUGGCGAUGGCGUCUACUUGCUAUAAUCCGUUUCUCUACGCCUGGUUGAAUGAUAACUUCAGGAAAGAAUUCAAACAAGUCCUCCCGUUUUUCGAGUCAAGUGGGGGAGUCAGAAAUAGUUAUCACUCAGGGCGGAUGCCUACGCAUAAGGCGGAUAAAAUAUGCAAUGGUAAUGAUACAAUACAGGAAACGUUAUUAGCUUCUUCUUUUAACCGAGGACCGUCGAUAAAACAGAAGAUAUUAGAAGGAAAUGGGAAGAAAGAGGGCGUGGAAGUUGAGAAUAUUCUGCUUGAAGAUAAAUCAAUUUUGCAUGCGAAAAAUGAACUCAAUUUGCAGUUGAUUGACGAGGAAUCGCAAUUUAAUGAACCAAAGGAGACGAUCCUGCCCUCGAGCAACGAAUGA